AUGCAGAAGUCGCGGGAGAUGCGGGAUGAGCUCCCCGAGGAUUUCUACAUCCCCAUGACCUUGGACACCCCAAACGUGACGGCGCUGAGCCCCUUCCUGGUACCCAAAACCCACCUGGGCAGCCCCGGCAUCUUCAAGGCCAUGGCGGCCUUCAUGUUCCUGCUGGUGGUGCUGGGCGUCCCCAUCAACGCGCUGACCGUGGUGUGCACGGCCAAGUACAAGAAGCUGAGGUCGCACCUCAACUACAUCCUGGUCAACCUGGCGGUGGCCAACUUGCUGGUGGUGUGCGUGGGCUCCACCACGGCCUUCUACAGCUUCUCGCAGAUGUACUUCGCCCUGGGGCCGCUGGCCUGCAAGAUCGAGGGGUUCGCGGCCACGCUGGGCGGGAUGGUGUCCCUGUGGUCCCUGGCCGUGGUGGCCUUCGAGCGGUUCCUGGUCAUCUGCAAGCCCCUGGGCAACUUCACCUUCCGGGGCAGCCCACGCCGUGCUGGGCUGUGCCAUCACUGGAUCUUUGGCCUCAUCGCCUCCGUGCCCCUCUUCGGCUGGAGCAGGUACAUCCCCGAGGGGCUGCAGUGCUCCUGCGGCCCGGACUGGUACACGACGGACAACAAAUGGAACAACGAGUCCUACGUGAUUUUCCUCUUCUGCUUCUGCUUCGGCUUCCCCCUGAGCGUCAUCGUCUUCUCCUACGGGCGGCUGCUGCUCACCCUGCGCGCGGUGGCCAAGCAGCAGGAGCAGUCGGCCACGACGCAGAAGGCGGAGCGCGAGGUGACCAAGAUGGUGGUGGUGAUGGUGCUGGGCUUCCUGGUGUGCUGGCUGCCCUACUGCUCCUUCGCGCUCUGGGUGGUGACGCACCGGGGACCCUUCGACGUGGGGCUGGCCUCCAUCCCCUCCGUCUUCUCCAAGGCCUCCACCGUCUACAACCCCGUCAUCUACGUCUUCAUGAACAAGCAGUUCCGCUCGUGCAUGCUCAAGCUCGUGUUCUGCGGCCGGAGCCCCUUCGGGGACGAUGACGACGUGUCGGGCUCGUCGCAGGCCACGCAGGUGUCCUCGGUGUCCUCCAGCCAGGUGUCCCCGGCGUAG